CCCCACACCCUCCGCCGUGAUGCUUGCCACUCUUCCACGGUUGGAAUGGACGACGCGUGUUUCUGAUCUGAAAAUAAAAGAGAACCGAGCUGAUGUGUUGAUGGAGAUGCGAUGGUGCACGAGGAAGGCGGUGUGAACCAUGAUCGACAGAGGAACACGGAGAGAGGAAUCUGGAGGCAAAUAAUCCAUCUACAGGGCGAAGAAGAAGGAGAUGAGGACCAUGAUGGCUCCGCUGAAAACAACAUUAUUAGUGUUCGUGCUGUGGGAGCUGCAGUGCGCUGUGUGCCGUGACGUAACUGUUCCCCCUGGACCCCUUUUCCGUGUUGCUGGGUUCCCCCUCUCUCUGCCGUGCAGCGUGUCAGGAUACGAAGGCUCGCGGAUGCAGGACUUUGAGUGGUUCUUGUACCGAGACGAUUCUGCUGGAAGGCAGAUAGGAGUUGUGUCCACCAGGGACAAAGGCUUCCCGUACGCUAUAUUCCAGUCCAGAGUGAUUAAUGGGGACAUGAGGGUGGAGAGAGACUUGGGGGACAAGGUGCGACUGGUGAUCCAGAGGCUUCGGGCUGAAGACCAGGGGAGAUACGAGUGUUACACGCCCAGCACAGACAGCAAAUAUCAGGGGAAUUACAGCGCCUCAGUCACAGUCCAAGUGAUUCCAGAUACCCUCCAGAUCAGCUACACCCGCUCACUAACUGGGCAGCCCGUGCCAGAGGGGGCUGAAUUAACCCUGACCUGCUCAGCUGGCAUCCAAUCAGAGCAGCUCACCCACCUGUCCAUCACGUUUGGAAAGCGGGCUGGUGGAGAUGCUUCGGCUAUCGGAGCUGGAGGGGAGGUCAGCACCGUUAAAGAGAUCAUCUCCAUCGACAAACUGCUGGGGGUCGUACCUGGGCGAUUCUACAAGAAGCGCUAUGAUGACAGAGAGAUCACACUGGAGAAAAGGAACGGAGAGGGAGGGUUGGGGGUGUUUGUGAUGAGGAUGAUGGCAGUGCAGCCCGACGACUCCGGCUCUUAUUUCUGUGAGGCCUCGCAGUGGAUUCUGGACCCUGAUCGGUCGUGGCAGAAGAUUGCUCAGAGGACGCUGGAUAUCGGCAACUUGACUGUUCAGCAGCUAGCAGAGUCUCUGAGUGUAGCGUCCUCACCCAGAGGGGAGGUGACCCUCCAGGUUGGGUCUCCUCUCAUCUUGACCUGUGAGGUGCUGGGCCUGCCGUCUGAGGUGAACUCAGGUCUGCUGGUGCAGUGGAUGAAAAGGGGAUCUGUAAGCAGUGAUGGAGUGGGAGGAGGAGUCGAGGUUCAGGUGGCCCAGAUGAGUCCAGGUGGUAUUGUGAGCUGGGGAGAUGACCUCAGCAGAGCAAGUGGGGGCUCCAUGGAGAAAAUCGCUGAGAGGAAAUACUCCCUGAAGCUCUUCUCGGCUCAGCCCUCAGACUCAGGGGUGUAUCGGUGUGUGGUGAGUGUUUAUGCUGGAAGGAAAAACCCUGGUCCCUCUACGCCUGCAACACUCACCCAGAGGUCAGAGGGUGUCACUGUCAACCUGAAGACCAAAGACAUUUUGGUUUCAGCUGUGGCUCAGCUCCCCCGUGGCCCCCUGCUGAAACGGGGAAGCACCAUCACCUUAAUCUGCAACGUCACUGUGACAGCCACAGGCCCCACCCAGGCUCAGGUGCAGUGGCUGCGAUGGCCAAUCCCCAAAAUGACCAAGAAGGAAUCAGCUCCAUUAGAGCCCCCUGCUGUCAAAGAGCCCUCACUCAUUGCUGUUCUGAUGUACAGCGGUGUCGCAAAUAUACUAAACAAUAAGAGUGAGAUCAGCGUCGACCGGCUGUCCGCUGUCAGCUACAGACUGAGGGUCCACACGGUGACAGAAGAAGACCAGGGCAUGUACAUGUGUCGCGCUGAGGCGUGGGGGCAGGACCCACAUGGAGGCUGGUACAACUCUGGGGCCAAAGCAGAGUCUAAUGCAGUGACUGUGUACCUGUAUGCCAGAGUGGAAGACCUCCUCCUCAUCCCUUUGGUGGUUGGAGUCUCUUCAGCUUUAUUCAUCGGCAUCGUCAUCAUCUCAGCUGUAACCUGCUGCUUCAUGAAGCGGUUAGCGAGACAGCGUGCCCCAAAAUAAGUGUCCUACCGCCUCCAGCUGACUUCUUUUUACUGAAAGAGGCUUUGCACGGAUCGUAACGAAAGGAAAAGUCCCUCAAGAAAGAACUUAAAGAUAAGAUCAAGUAGAAAUGACUUUCACAUUUUGUCUGUUAAAACUUUUUU